AUGGCUUCUCCGGAGCGGCUUGCAGCAGAUGCGGGGGGCAAACACUCUGAUCCUCCCCACGUCCUCGACCGAGCUUCCAUCGCCCCGCAUGUCCGCAAGCCGGGCGGAUCAACAGGAGGAGCGCUCCCAGGGGAGGCCGGCUGUAACCCGACCCGCGGCUGCCACGGCCGGUGUCUUUCAGCACCAAGGACGGCGCCGCGCAAGGGGGGCGCGGAGCUAAAACUCGGUCACCUCGGCGAGGAGAAAGUCCGAGUUUGUUGCGACGAGGAGUUAGAGACAUCUUUCACCUACAUUGAUGAGAAUGUUAACCUGCGACUGGCCAGCCCGGAGACCAGUUGCAGGAGCGCUCACAGAGCCGUGCGCAACGGCGAGCCGUGCUCCGAGACCCUACCGGAGCUUUCCUUCAUGUCCGAGGAGGAUCUCUCCUUCGGGGAGGGCUCGGGAAGUUCUAUAGACUACGGGUUUAUCAGUGCAGUCACGUUCUUGGUGACUGGGAUCUCGUUGGUGAUCAUCUCCUACGCAGUGCCCCGGGAUGUGGUGGUGGACCGUGACAGCGUGUCAGCGAGGGAGAUGGAGAGGCUGGAGAUGGAGAGUGCCCGGAUAGGUGCCCACCUGGAUCGGUGCGUCAUAGCGGGACUGUGCCUGCUCACGCUGGGCGGCGUGGUGCUCUCCACGCUGCUAAUGGUCUCCAUGUGGAAGGGGGAAAUGUACCGGAGAAAGGUCAUCGCUUACUCCAAGCGCUCCGCCAAACUGUACGGCUCUAUCAGCCUGAAAACUAGAUCCAGUCCCAGCCUAUCAUCCGCGCACUUGUCCCCGGAGGAGGAAACUUUUACCUAAAGCUGCUUUGCAUAUAAACCUUCUGUGUAUAACCGAGGAAUAUAUGUCACUCACACACAUUCUCUAACAUAUCAUAACGUAUAACUGUAUCAUACAUUCAAAAUGUAAGUUGCAACAUUUUUGUCCUGUAGAAAAAUCGAUCAAGUGUUCUAUCAUGUAUCCACUGGCAGGCAGAAUGGACAAGAAAAGCACUCUGGUGACAAGGGAGCAAUAGGCAGACGAACACUAUGGGGUGUCAAGCUGUGCCCAAAUGAUUUAAAAUGGCACCACACCAUAAAAAUGACUGUUAACAGCUUUGUGUCACAAACACUGGUUCAUGGCUUUUUUUUUUUUUUAUUGUACCCAGGAUGCAAUCUCUGAGAGCUUCCGUUCAUUAUUAAGGCUAUUCAUAUUUAAUGUGAAUGUUCCCAACAGCAGAAUCGUGCACGGACACAUUUCAGGAAGUAAGGGAAGUGCGUGUCCCCGGGGGCCAGGAGAGUGGGAGUAAGGAGGGAUUUAUAGCUGUCCCUGUCCACUGUGAUGCGGGCGAAUCAGCUCAGUGGUCCACAUGGUAAUAUCCAGUGACAGUCCCUCUCUGGUGCAGUGCUGAGGUAAGCCAGUAAGCCUGGCGUCAGGCAUCCGAGCCAAAGCUCCACGUUGGUUUGAUUGUACUGAGCAAUGUGACUGCAUUCGACCGUGCUUACACGCACUGUACACCGACCCCGGCUCUCCGUUGAUCCUCUCUGCUCCUCUUUCCCUUCACCCUCCCUAGUCCUCUCUGCCACAGGAGACCUUUUUUCCCCUCCUGCAGAGCCUCAUUACUCUCUUCAACCUCUGAACACUAUACGUGAGUGGAACGGGUCCUGGACGACCGCAACCAAGUGCCUGUGACAUUUCAAGGUUGAUCAGCCUUCCCUUAACAGUCUCCUUUUCUCUUUCUGUCUCUCUCUGCGUGAAGAUGGACUUAGAGACACCUAGUCACACAUAAAAGAGUUGCCCUAAUUCCAAAACCUUAAGCUUCCAUUACUUCAAAGGGGCAAAUUAUCUCCCCAAAGUGAGGUAUCAUUCUUUUUAAAAGGUUAUAUUUGAUGUUAUCAUGGUGAUUUGCUGACCAAAAAAUUUGCAGGUGCCACAAAGAGUUUAAGAAAAAAGGAUUAUCAUGUGCAAACUUGCUAAAAAUGUUAAUGCCCUAAUGAUCAGACAAGUCAGAGACCAAUCUCCUUUUCUUUGAGGAGUUGAGGAAGAUUUUACUUUCUGUCUAAACUUAAGUCCAUGUGUGAGCAACCCUCUCUUUCUCCCUGAUGGUUAUUAAUGCAUUCUGAAGAGGCCUGCAGAAAAGGAUCAAGAACGCCAUGCAAUUCUCUCGAAAAACAGUCAUUUUUUUCGCGUAGGCUAUCCUGUAAGGCUUAUAAAUCAUGCAUGAACCAUUGGAUUUCAUUCAUAUUUGCAUAUAUUCAUAUACACUGCCAAACGGUGCAUCCGCAAGACAUGUGCUAAUGAUUCUUAUGCAAUGUCACUCUGUUACCUUGGUUUCUUGUCCUUUCAUUUUCAAAGCUGUGUGACCCUGUUUCAAGGCUUACAUUCACUACGACGUGAGUCAGCCUGCCUUAAUGAGAUGCGUAGGCUGAUUACUCAAUGGUAAACAGCUCCAGGCCAUUCUGUUGCUGUGCUUUCAUUGAGUUCCAUUGCUCCUGUGUAUACUGUCACUGCAUAUACAUGUGUUAUAAGUGCCAGUCAGUGCACAGACGGAUGUGCCAGUGUUUGAUGUGAAAAGACUGGAUCACUGCAGUCUCAUAACCUAUUCAGGCAGAAUUAUCAUUCAAAAAACCAUUUGUUACAGCAAUGGAAUAAUGCAAGUCUGUGUAACUACAGCUUUUCAUUUUCUCUGUCUGUGACCCUGAAAAACAACCAUUACAUUUCAAAAUGGCAAUAAAAUGCCAAAAGAGGAGAUUUCCAGG